GUCGACGCGCUCGUCCUCCUCGUCCUUCUCCUCGACAUCUCACUGCCUAAACACUACAAGAAACCUAGGCAUGUCACUCGCGGGUUACGUUCCCAAAUUCGUACCGGGGAACUCACCCUUCGGUGCCCUCCUCAAACAAUCCAAAUUCUCGUCUUUCGACCCACAAAUCGCCCAGCUCUACACCUCCUACGGCGGACACGUUCACCGCGGCGACUUCGGCCUCAAACGCCCCAUAGGUGUGCGCAAGCGCGGCGCCGCCGUCACCGUCAAGAGGGUCGAUUCGCACGAACAGCAGACCGAGUGGAACAGCGCCGAGACGCAGGCCGCGUUCGUGCGCAACUUUGACGACGCGCGCGUGCCUGCGCGGGAGGACCCGUAUGCGGCGGAGCGGAACAGCAUCUUCGGCACAAUAAGGGGCGGAGGCGAGGCGCUCGAGGCGUUCCACGUCGACUCGGAGUUCGCGCCGAACGAGAGCGACCCCGCGCGGUGGACGCUGCCCGCGCUCAAGAACCCCGGCGCGAUGAAGAACGGCCAGUUCCGCAAGCACGAGGACGCGCUCCGCCGCAGACGCACGGCGGGCGACUUUUCCGCGUUCGCGAAGGAGCACUUCCGCGGCAAGGGCGUCGCUCCGCCCACCGCCAUCACCCCCUUCAGUUCACCCUCAUCUGGCUCAAAGUCAAAGUCAAGCAAAGCAGACAACAUCGACCUCUACACCCUCGCCAACGACCACUUCGAGACAUGGUACAGCCGCUACGGCCGCCAGCGUGCGCGCGCACAGCGCAGCGACCCCAGCUCGCGCCUCCUGCUGCCCGUCCCGCACGCCGAGCGCGGCCUCUCAUACGCGCACGUCCCGGCGCUGCAGACCUUCCUCACCGUCGGCCCGCGCCGGGGGCGCAUCAUCGACAGCCUCAGCGGCACCGAGCGCGGGCGCGAGAAGGCGCUCGUCGCGUCCUACGCGCGCUACACGGGCGUCGUCAAGCGCGAGGGCGGCAUGGCGAGCGCGCGCGCGGUCGAGUGGGACGCGCUCGCACCUUCUUCCUCUGGUUCACCCAAUGCCGGCGCCGGCGCAGGGCACAAUGGCGAGACGAUGCUGCGCGUCGCGCGCGCUACGCUGACUGAUUCACCGAGCGUCGUCGGGCGCACGCGCCAGGGGCUCAAGAAGGCCAAGAUCACAAUGGAGCUCCACGUGUGGGGCACCGGCGUGCUGCACGAGCGCUCGAACGACUUCCGGCCUGGCUCGCGCAAGUACGUCGCCGCCGAGCCCGCGGGCGUUGCAGCGCCCGCCUCGGUGUGGGGCCGUGCGGGUGUGCGCGAGGCGUCGGCGGCGCUCAUCCGGCAGAGGAUGGCGGCGCGCCUCGGCGGUGAUGGUAAUGGGGGGCAACAGACCACCGGCGGUGAUUCGCGGGUGACGCUUGGGAUUUUGGAGGGGAUUGUUAGGGGGGACUCGGAGUCGCAGGGCCCGGUCUAAUAGGUUGCAUGCUAAUUGCUCGUAUACGUAGAGCCUAGACAUAUCAUCGUACAUCCAUACGCAAUAUUACGCUACUUUCUGCUUCGUCAGAUGCUCGGAUGGCCAAGCUAGGCGAGAGGGAAUGCUAGGGCUAGCUAGCUGUUAAUGAUGGCUAGUAUCGCCUUUUUCGCGUCGCCAUUGUGCUCGAUGAGGAUCUUCUCCGCCUGCGCGAGGGGCAUGUCGAACUCCUUGAUCAGGAGCAGCAUGUCCUCCUUCUUCACAACGACCGACGUGUCUUUGGGGGGCUUUGGCGGCUUGCUGGGGCCAGACGAGAGCACGGCGCGGAUGGCCUCGUCCAUCUUGCCCUUGGAGAAGGUGUAGUCCCCGUGGUCAUUUGCGAACUGUGCGAUGACCUCUGGCUCUGGCCGGCCGUUCAUCAUGUCGGGGCGUGUGGU